UAUAAAAAUGCAAUCAAAAUCAACUUACCAAAGGUAAUUAAACUCAAUGUUGGAUCUAACAAAUGUAUUUAUGAUAAAACCGAUGACUUAAAAUGGACUUGAUCUUAAAAUAGCAAUUGAUUAUAAUCCUUAAUUUAGUGAGUAAUUUUAAAAUUAAAAAUUCAGAACUUUAGGAUGCAUGUUAAAUACCGUUCCAAUAUUUAAUAAUGAUGAAGAUCCUACCUAACAUGGCUUCAUUCUUUAAAUUGAUCAAGUAUUUAAAAUUUACAUUAUCUAGGCAAUCCAUUUAUCACAUAGUAGCCAUUAUAGAAAUUAAUAUGAAAAGAAACUUGCAGAAGUUCAAGAAAAGAAUAGGAAUCUAGUAUAUCAUUAAAUUUAGCUUAUAGUUUGUACCAAAACCAAGGGGAACCAAUAUAUUCUGUAAUGUUUGCAAAGAAUACAUUGAAGAUUAUCUUCAAGUAAGUAAUUACAGUAUUUAGCAUACUGAAUCAGGAAACCACAAAUUGAAGUUUGGGAAGAACAAAAUUAUCAGCCUCAUAUCCAAUAUGGUUGAUGAGUUUUAGAAGACUCAAAGUAUACCUCAUAAUACACUGAAUCUUCCUUCCAAUUCUAAUAGUUGUGGUUAUUACUAGCUCAUCUAAGAUGAAAGCACUGAACAUUGUGACACAACUCAAUAAUAAGAACCACAAUCUAUUAAAAAGAUUAAGUUAAAUGAUGGUGUCAGCGCUUACAACAAGUUGGGCAACUCGUUAUAAUUUUAUUUUAUUUAUAGUCUUGUAAAUAGCUCUGAAUAAUCAUUCAACGACAAGUUAGCAAAGCAGUGUCUUUGAAAGAAAUAUUAUGAGCAGC